AUGAAGACCGUGGGGAACAGCCACGUCCUUGGGAUAUUAUUUUGUGCUUUCUGUCUGCCGUUGGUGGUUUCCUUUGAAAACAUCAUCAUCCCCGAAGAGCUGAAGUCAGCGGUAGGAAUAGUUGCCACCAACAGCACAGCCUGCAGCGUCACCUGCGGGCUGGGCUUCAAGCUGGAGGAGAUGUGCGAGGUCACUCCCGCCGGAGAGAGGAAGAAUUGCACCUUGGAAAGGUCCCACUGCGUGAGCAACUGGAUUUGUGGCUUACUGCACUUCACCGUCCCUACGGGCAGAGCCUUCCAGUUCAGCUGCCUGACCCUGCACCCAGUUGGCCUUGGUGGCCCAGCCUAUAGCUAUACGUGGAAGGUCGCCCAAGGCCUUAUCACCACGAGCAAUGAAUUGUUCGUUCCUUUCAGAAACCGUGGUCCUGUCGUCAGAUUUUCCCCUACCCGGGAGUCUGAUGCAGGGACUUACCGAUGUGACGUGCGGCUGGCGAAGACGUUCAGAAUCGUCAAGAGGGUCUACUUUGGGGUCAGAGUGAUCCACAGUGACUUAGUGGAUCUGAACUUUGAAAAAUCCUUGAGUUCAGAACAGAAGUUAGCAGCAAGCAAGGAGGAAGGAAACACAGAAGAAGUUAUCCAUGAAGAAGUGCAGGAAGAGCAGCAGUUCUGGCAGAGAGAAUUGCUUUACCAGUGCUUGACAGGAAUCGGAAGCGGAGUGGCAGGAGGUGUUUUGGUGAGCGUGGCUGUCUGCUUCUUGCAGAAGGUUUUGAGAAGGAGAGCUGCAAAGCAGUGA